GAUUUAUUAUAAUUUUUUGCUGUUGAUAUUAGACAGAAGACUGGAACACGGCAGUUUAUCUCUGAUAGCGCUGACUCACGAUGUAGCCCGUCGGCGUCUCAGCAUUAAAAGCCAGCAAAUCAGAGACGGAAGCACAGCACCUUCUUCCCCACUUUGCUGAGAGACGCUGCUUUACUGCCCCACUGCUCUGUACUCAACUCUUACUCGCACAAUACAGUCUAUGAGCCAUCCAUCUAAUAUGUGCCACCUUAAAAUGCUUCUCGGUUUGAUGUACUGAUCUGACAUUCAGGGCAGCUUUGAGGCUGAGUCUAUCUCUUUUCUUUCUCUUAUCGGUUGAGUAUCUGUCUGAUGUCGUGUUGGCACAUCUGAUUGGGUAUGCAGACUCUGUACUGAGCAUGCCAGCCUGUGACAGGGACUGCAAUGCAGAGCUGCUCUCCUGGCACACACCAUUUGUCUGCCCUUAAUGUAAAUAAUCCUGAGCACGGAGCCGCUCAUGGCAGAGACGGCUUCUGAUGGAUUAUGUGUCUGCACACGUUCGGGUUGGUGCAUGCGGGGGUAAACGCUCCCGUUCUUGUCUUUUCUUCGUGUGGUGAUGUUCAAAUAAAAUCCUGUGCGAGGAGGAAGAGGACGGAUUGAGACGUAUCUCUCUGCUGCUCAAGCUACAUUUCCUCAUGCUGAGCUGCUGUGAGGAGCCUGCCCGCAUUCUCUCUCUCUCAUCUCGGAAGAUUCUGCUAUAGAGAUGUCUGGUGAAAACAUCCUGUCUUUUCCAGAGAUCUGAAACGGGCAUGAUGUCUCAACUCUUGCACAUGGAGAUUCCAAACUUUGGCAGCACUGUUCUGGACAGCCUGAACGAACAGCGGCUGCUGGGCCAACACUGCGAUGUGGCCAUUAUGGUCAAUGGACAGGCCUUCAAGGCCCAUCGCGCCGUUUUAGCAGCCAGCAGCCUAUACUUCCGUGAUCUGUUCAGCGGUAGUGCCCAGACACUCUUUGAGUUGCCCUCAUCUGUGGCCCCAUCCUGCUUCCAGCAGAUUCUGUCGUUCUGCUACACGGGCCGGAUGACGGUGAGUGCCAGCGAUCAGCUGAUGGUCAUGUACACCGCAGGCUACCUUCAAAUCCAGAACAUCGUGGAGCGGGGAAUGGACCUCAUGUUCAAGGCCAGUGCUCCGUACUGCGACUCACAGACAUCUGCCACAGACGAUCCCCCUAGCCCAAACAACAACAACUCCUCCCUGUUGCUAGGCGACCAGCCCACAACUCUCUGCAAGAUCAAGGAAGAAAAGUUGGAGACCCCGGUAUGUGCUCGGAAUGGAGAGCUAAAGCACUCAGAUGAGGAUAGGGGACCUAGGGGCAGAUCUUUAAGGAAUGGGACACUUUUCUACACCAGUGGAGGUGUGAACGGGAUCAUACCCGUGAUGCAUGCUUACGAGCACUCGACCCGAGAUCAUGCCAGCCCCGGUGCUUCUAGCCUCCCGACCACAGACAGCCCAACUUCACACCAAAAUGAGGAGGAGGACUUUGAAGACGACUCGUACGAAAGCCUGACAAACGGAAAGAUCUUUGGGGGCUCGUCUGGGAUCUAUAGCAGUAAAUGUCGUUUAAUGGACUUCUCUUUCGCUCCGUUGCAGCUCAAGAUUCAUUCCUGUGAGUGUGAUCUUUUGUGUCUGUUCCCAGUGCAAGAGAAGAUGGAGGUGUCCUCCCUGCCUCUGUCCUUGGAGAACCGUUUCUGUGUGCUGUUGGGAGGAGACAGAGAGGCUCUGCCUGCCGGACUCAUCAGCCAGAUCGGCUACCGUUGCCAUCCUGCUCUCUACACAGAGGGCGACCCUGGAGAGAGACUGGAGCUGAUUGGAGGAUCUGGUGUCUUCAUGACUCGUGGACAGCUGAUGAACUGUCACCUCUGUGCUGGGGUCAAGCACAAAGUCCUGCUGAGACGCCUUCUAGCUGCUUUUUUUGACAGGAAUACACUUGCUGACAGCUGUGGGACUGGAAUACGUUCCUCCAACUGUGAUCCAAAUCGCAAACCACUGGACAGCCGCAUACUCAACACAGUGAAACUCUACUGUCAGAACUUUGCCCCUAACUUCAAAGAAAGUGAGAUGAAUGUGAUUGCCGCAGACAUGUGCACCAAUGCCCGGAGAGUUCGCAAGCGCUGGCUCCCCAAGAUCAAGUCCAUGCUUCCAGAGGCGAUCGAGGUGUACAGGGGGACUGCGGUCCUCAGCCAGGUGGAAGGAGCCACCCAUCCAGGCGGUGGCUUUCCCUUUGAGUCAGAGUUCAAACACCUGGCAGCGUCAAAUCUGACUCUGGAGCAGCAUCUCUAUGGAGACUGCAGAGAGACACUGAGGAAUGGCUCUCACUUCAAUAUGGAAGAGAGGUCCCAAAAAGGUGAAGCAGCCAAGACUGAGCCAGGCCGAGCCAAAGAGUCCGACAACCCGCAGGAAGUUGAAAGGCUUCCGGAGAGUCCCGAGAGAGCAGCCAGUGUGCUCGCUCUCAACCCAGCCAGCAAGAAAGGGGAAAAAGAGCGAGCAUCCAGCAGCCCCAGAUCACAAAAAGAGGAACAGAACAGACAGGGACCACUUAAAGAGGAUCAGUGACUUCUUCUACUUCAUACGAUUUAAAAACUGGUCUGCAGCUUCUCACACCAAAAAGGAUCACUAUCAAUAAAGGCAAAUCUCCCAUGCCACUGAACAUUAAAUUAAAGCUGCAUGAUCAUGAAAUCUGGACAUAUACAUUUUUUUCUCCAGGAUAUAUUGAAGAACGUCUGCAUUAAAUACAGUUAUGCUCACAAUUUUCCCUUCCCCUUGCAGAGUCUACAAAAUGUUUUUUAAUUUAUUACUGUCCUUGUGAAGCUAUUUGACAUAUAUUUACAUGUAUUCCACAAGACAGAUUAACUAAAUAAACUGAAAAACAAUAACUGAUCUUAUUCAAAAAUUUACAUACCCUUGGUUUUUAAUAUCAUAUAUUGCCUCAAGCAUCAAUGAGUGUUUGUAGACUUUUGUGAUAGUUGUGCAUGAGUUUAUGGUUUGUCCUGAGCAGUGAAACUGUUCCUUGACAAAGCCUCCAGGUCCUGUAAGUUAUUUGGUUUCCCAGCAUGCUCUGCACAUUUGAGUUGUUCCCUGCAGUGGAACUAUAAUUUUGAGAUCCAGUUUUGCCACUAUGGACAAUUUAGGGACUUGUGCAAAACUGUGAUGCUUGAGGCAACACACAAUAUCAAGAAUCAAAGGUAUGUGAACGUCCGAAUAGGAUAUUUUGUGUAAUUUAAGUUAUAAUAUUUUUCUUAUAAAAACAUAAAUAUGUGUUAUGCAGCUUCUUCAGAGCAGUAAAUUAAAAAAAAAAAAUAGGAUUUUAUAUCUUAUUUUUCAAAAAAAGUAUAAAUGUCUGAUUCCCCAAGGGGUUUGCAAACAUCUGAGCAUGACUGUAUAAGAAAUUGUAAGGUUCUUUCAUGGAGCCACUUAGCAUACGUAAAUGCAGGCACAUAUUCAAGCUCAGUACAUUAAGGCAAUCGGCAGUGCGUUUUUUUAUGAAUGCAUGUGAUGCACAAGCUCUGGCAUUUCUGACUAAAUACUCUUGCCAAUUACAGAAACAAAUGGAUUAUGGACUUCUGCAUGGCAAAAACAAGUGAAGGACAAAGGCUCUCCUUAAUGUAACACAAAUUACAUGCUUCAGGAAUCAACUAUACUGCUUUAACUCCAGUCGGACAAUGGGGUUGCUAUGUACAAAGCUGACUGUGGGACUGCUGAGUUCAGUACAGUAAGGGAAGCUGAACAGAGAACAACAGUUCUCUAGAGAGUAGCCUGGACUCUCAGUUUUCCCUCUCAAGCUUUUUAAUCUCUCUUGUUCUCAAGCUGCUGUAUAGUAAAUGCUUGCUUGUUUUUUUUUUUCCUGCAUAUCAGCUGGUCUGGACAUUUGAAACACGAUUGUAUGAUUGUUUUUGGAAGUGAAAUAAAGGAAAGGAUUAUUUUGAGGGAUAAUUAGGUUA